AUGUCAAGCAAGUUUGGUUUUAAACGCAGCUCCACAAAAACUACAUCCGAGAGUACGGGCGGAAGCUCUAAGGGCCACAGUUGGCACAAGGCUUCUAGCGAUCGUGGAAAGCUGCCUCGAAAGGAGUAUGGCGCGUUGAUGGCAGCACUUAAUACCCAUCGUAACGGCGAGGGUUAUGAUCUGUAUUGGAGAAAGACGGAUGACGGUGGGGUAGAAGCCAUCGUUGCAAAGAGUGCACCUGCCGGAGAAUAUCAACAAUCACAAGGUGAAGCUCUUACGAAAGUAACAUUUGGCAAGGGAGAUUUCGGUAAUAAAUCCAACUGGGGUGCUCUUAUGAAUGUUGAGCAGUAUGGUGAAGACGCGGAUUGGGAAGCAAUGAUGGCUAGGCGCGGCAGCGUUGCAAAUAAUGCGGCGGGAGAUAUGCCCGAUCUGGACACUCACGGCUUAACAUAA